AUGGGGUUUGGAAAUCCAAGACCGGCAGCCAUUCUUGCUUCACAAUGGACCCUCAUCGUAGUCGCCACGGCCGUCAUCGCCGCCCGAGUAUACCUACGGCUCAAAAUCCAGAACCGCCGGAUGCUGAAUAGCGACAUCAUCAUGUGCACGGCGUGGGUUUUUGCCAUCAUAACAGCGGCAUUUGGGCCCGUGUUCGCGAGGAUGGGUGCCCUCGAGCCUGACGUGCAUACAUCCCUGCAAGGGUACAAAGGAGAAUUGGAUGAUCUAGAGCUGGUUCUGCAGUUGUUCUUUGCCGUCAAUUUCCCCUUCUACACCACCUUUUACCUAUGCAAAGCCGCCCUUCUCGCCGUCUACCUGCAGGUAUUUCCCGAGUUCAUGGUUAAGAGAAGGAUCUUUCUAUGGGCCACAAUUUUAUUUGUCGUCAUCGCCUACGUUGUCACAAUCACCUUAAUAUUCACCAUCUGUCUGCCUCUAGAAAGAAACUGGGAGAUCAGUGUACAAAAGUCAUGCCCAGGGUCGUCUUAUGCCAUUCUCUUCCAGGUUGGCUGGGGAUUGCACUUCCUGGGGGAUCUUCUCGUUUUUAUCCUGCCAUGGCUGAUUCUCCCUGCAUUGAACGUCAAGAGGGCACUCAGGCUAGGCAUUUACUUUACAUUUCUCCUUGGAACCAUCAACAUUGCCGUGUGUCUGGUGCGGUUUAUCGCGAUCCAGCAAGCUGGGGAGGAUUACUCUAUCUCCCUCAGCACCAUCGUCCUUUGGAGCUCCCUCGAUGUCAACGUCGUUCUCGUCAUCGCCUGCCUCCCUUCUCUCCGACCCUACUUUGACUCCCGGGGAAGUUCAGGGUAUCUGGCCGAGAACACGCUUGCACUCCGUAUCCGUACUUGCACUAAUUUUUCUACAACUACCAAAAGAAAAAGGGGACGACAGAAAAUAUCAAACUUUCGUUACUCUGAAAGGAAUCCAUCACUUGAGACUGCCCCCAGAAAUAACCACAACUUGACCCAUGGAGGCUGUGAUGUGAGCCAAGUGGAGAAAUACGGGAUCGCCAAUCAGACAGUAAGGCUUAGCGGUGGAAAAAAAGGGGGCGGGCCAAUGAUGACGCAGUUUAACCGUGGGUACCUGUCAGCAAUUGAAACAGUUGUUGGCAAUGCCUCGUCUCAGCCUCUCUCGAUUCUGACUCUCCUUGCUUCUUCAACAAGCAAUGACGCCAUGCGGCCGUCUCGCGCAAACAUCGGCUUCUGGCUGCUUUGGCUAUGCGCCCUCGUAUGGUGCUACCUGAACAGCAUUGCAUUCUUCUCCAAAAAGGUGUCUUAG